AUGGCCGAGCAACUGGUAGACGGACCACCGAAUAAACGACAAAAAAUAGGACCCCCAGACACACCAACCGACAAUGCAGGUAAAUAUAGUCUUCACACAUUUUUAGUCUCUGUUUAGAUGUGCGUCAAGCUUGCAGUUGUAGUGGGUCCUCCGUGUAUACUUCUUCCUUGAACUUAUUUAAAUUCCGUUCUUCCCUUUAAAGAGUUCAAUUGGAAGUUUAUGGAAGACCUGGAUGCCAGUUUACCUGAUGAACUCGUUGGACCAGGAAUGAUCCCUAAUUCCGAUGGUCUUACAAAUGGGGAAACAGCUGAUGUUGCGAGCAGUAGCUCGACUUUGCAGCAAAUGCUUCAAUCGAAUGUUUCGCUGUCAAGUGGCGCGAGCUGUACGCUGAACUCUAGUGCCAUUUCUACGACAGUCACUGUAUCUAGCCCUAACAGUCCAUCGUUGACUACUUUAACAUCAGUUAACAGUCCGGCAGUGAACAAUUCAAUGUCUUCGCCUCCUCAAAUGCCGGUUAGUACGAGCGGCACUCCAACUCCUGCUACACCGCUCACUUCAUCUAGUGACCUCCAUCUUGGAAGUGUUGGUUUGAGUCCUGCCCAGUCAUCGUCGCCGUUGUCAACAAUAAACUCCGCUUUGCAGAAUAAAGCGAGGGGCGAUGCAAGGAUGCAAGUAGGAGCUCAGUAUGGCAACAAUUCACUUGAUAUGAACAUACUUGGUAAUAGCAAUGCGAUGAUAGGAUCUAUGAAUGGGCCGAGCUCGGGAUCUCAGUCGAUCGCACUGAACACAAUGGCGCGAGGUAGCGGAGCGCCGUUUCCUCGCGCUAAUAUGAACCUCACUAAUUCCGGCACCAAUCAGUAUCAUAACUCGCUGCCUCAACUACAGCAAGAUCAGUUGGCCAAUAACUUUGUUAAUCAUCUUGGAAUAAACGGAAGCCCAGAGCAGUCUAGAGUAUCUUUAGGCCAAGUAAGUUGUUUUAUUUUUUCGUUCUAUCGUACGAUGGUAGUGGCUUCUGCAUUGAUAUUUCAUGGCUGUCAAACGGUAGAUGUCCAUUUCCUUUCGUCUUUAACUAUAAGCGUCUUAAAUCAGUGCACUUUUUAUCUUUGGUACCAGGUCAUGUUCGUGAAAAUGAAAAACAUGUUAAACUAGAACUACGGAAAAUGAAAAAGUCGCAAUUUUUCCACAAGUGCAGUGAUUUUUUUUCUCCUCGUUCCUUGAGGUUUAGUGUGCCAUUCCUAAACAUCACACAACUUAUGUCGUGGUAUUUACGAGUGACAUUCCCUUGUCUUGUAUUUUGUCCCGCCGUUUUUGCUUUUUUCAGUCGUUUAUAUGGUACAAAAUUUGGUUGCGAGUUUUCCUACGGGUGAAAAAAUAUCCUUGUAGUGUGAGAUUUUGCAAGCGAUGUUUUUUUUUUAGUUUAGUAGAUUAUUAUGGUAUGUGAACUCGUGCGUCUGUCUAUCUUGAAGAUAUUAUAAACAGUAAGAAUCACAGUAACUUGUUAAUACAACUGUUUUAUUAGAUUCAAAAACAAGUUCUUUAGUUGAUGACAUUUUAUUAUCUUGUUUUGAUUCACUUCCACUUAAUAAAUUGUGGAAUGAAAAAAAUAUUUUUUGGUUCCAGCUUUUUGAAGGAACUGUCUUUGGAACCGUUCCUGAAAAGAUUUCAUGAAGGUUUCCUUUUUUCUUGAAAGGAGGGAAAAGUNCCCAUUGUGCUUCAUCUCGACAAAUCAUUUCGCACUGGAAAAACUGCCUCAGGCAGGACUGUCCAGUUUGUCUUCCUCUAAAGCAUGCAUCAGAUAAUAGAAGAGGUAUUUGUUAUUGUCUAUAUUGUCAUUAUAUGCCAGUACCCAGCCGCUGUGAUAAUCUUGCAGCCCAUUUUCAGGAUAAAUACCAAAAGAGAGGAAUUGGUAGUUUUGUACUCAAAACAUGAAAACCUUCAAAAAAUACCAAAAAAUAGUUUUUUGCAAGUCUAGUCAGGGUUUUUCUCUUAUCUGGCAGUUCCUGGUUGUCCCUGGCAACUUGCCUUGUUUGUCUUAGGGGACAGGGGUAAAUUUGGAAGGUUGUGAGCUUUUGAUUGUAAGUUUUGUUUUUGCAUUAUAUACCUGCAGCUGUGUAUUUGAAUCAAAUAACUGUGCUUGUUUUUCCAAGAAGUAUGCCCAUAAUUACCUUACACAGACAUGUAUUGUACAUAUUAAUGUACAUAUAUAUUGUGGUCUCAAUGCACUUUUCUGAUUUUCAUAUUGUUUUUGUUUGUUGUUCUAUUUAAAUAUAAAGUAAUCGAUUUUAUUGUUUACAGAUUGUUUACUAUUGUGUCGAAAAUUGCACAGUCAAAUUUUUGUUCUUUUUACUGCCUACUCUUUGGUGACUGGUGUGUUUUGUCUAGUGCUUAGUUUUAAACCAAAGCCUCUGUUAUUGCUCUUUUGAAAAUUUCUGAAGUAAAGGUUUUCUUUUACAGCAGGAGUUACAGGAAAUGUUCAAGGAAUGGAAAGGGCUUAUGAAGCUCUUGGACUAACCUUGAGAAAUGGAGAGCCAAGAUUGCAACAAUUUGGUAAGAAACAUUUAGUUGAUUAUAUUUUCCCAUUUAUACCAUAAUGGUAGAAUACUAAGUGGAGAGUUUUUUUUAUUGCUGCAUGUAUCUUUGAGGUGGUGACAAACAUGAAAACUUAUGUUUGAUAAAAAAAUAAGCAGGCCUUAAAAUGGGAAAUAUGUUGACUUGUGGUUGCAAUCCUAAGAAACUGCCCAUAUGUACUCUAAAUUUCUUGGUGCUGCUCUAAAGCUGCGGCAAAACGAGUGCAAGACACUGACGCAAAAUUGUCAAAUUCAACAUUUGACUGCCCUGUUGCAUGAUGUUUAAUAUUGUUGGUUUCCUUCAAACAGCAUCACGUUUCCUUCGUAGGAAUCAACACUUAAAAAGUAUGCUUCAUGUGAGGCCUUCAAUUGCUAUUCUUGCAUCUUCGUCGUAGUGAAAUGGCUAAUUUGGCAAUGCAGUGAUCUAACAUAUUCCUUUUGAUUUCAGCUACUAAUUCUAUGAUGAGAUCAGACUCUGCACUAGGAAUGUCAGGUUAGCUCUUUAAUUUGCAGUUCAAGCUUUCUAUUUGUUUUGGAGCAAAUUUGUUUCUCCUAUUUGUGGAGUAUUGUUUUGAUGUUGAUCGCAUCUGUAUUCAACUUCCAGCUCCACCAAGAGUUUUAAAAGCAUAGGAGCUAUGCUAUGAUUACUAUUAAAUAGCUUUGUUUUGGUCUAUCUUUUUUAGCAGAUAACAGAUCAUUCGGUGAAACACCCUCAACUGCCACAAGGUAAAUAAGAAACAUUUUAUUUUAAGAUUCAGUGGAGUUAAUGGAUCUACUGUAGACAUCUACCCAUGGCAACAGCUGUAGUUAGAGUAGGAUGGAGAUGUUUUCUGUCUUCACUGAAAUGGGAAGAGCUGAUGUUUUUUCUUUUUUCCAGCUCAACUGGUAGUGGUAAUCGUGGUCCAAAAGAGUGGCAUCAGCAUGUGACACCAGAUCUCAGGAAUCAUCUUGUUCAUAAACUGUAAGUGUCUUCUUUUUAUGGGAAAAAACCCUGGACGUAUCUGAUGUGCCAAUUCUCAAUUAUAAUCGAUCACUGUUUUCUCAGACUACAGCCCCCAACUUUUUGUAACAGCCCACUGGUAUUAUCAUUUUAAUUCUGGAUGAGAUGAAGCCAAAAGCCAUAACUCUAGGCAUGCCUAUUCUUUAAUUUGCUCUCACUAUGUGUACUGUUGCAACAACUGCUAAUUAUCAGAAAGUAUUAUACCAAAAUUGUUUUUGUUGUUGUAGUGUGACAGCAAUCUUCCCAACUCCGGUGCACGAUCCAGCUGCCCUGAGAGAUCGGCGCAUGGGGAAUCUUGUUUCAUAUGCACGUAAGGUAGAAGGGGAUAUGUAUGAGACGGCAAAUAGUAGGGUAAUAUUUAUGGGGAUUUAUUUUUCCUACAGCCUGGCUCAGGACUGGCUCAGCCUCCUACAGCUGACCCAGAGAAACGAAGAUUAAUACAGCAGCAACUUGUUCUUUUGCUCCAUGCACAUAAAUGUCAGAGGCGGGAACAGCAAGCUCAAAAUGGUGCUGUAAAACCUUGCAACUUACCCCACUGUCGAACAAUGAAAAAUGUUUUGAACCACAUGACAACUUGUACUGCAGGAAAAACAUGCCAAGGUUUGAAAAUAAGUGUUUUUAAGUGUGUUUGUGGUAGAGUUAUGUAUACCUUUGUUUGUUAUGAAGUUCACUGCAUAAGGUAAUAAUGUAAGUCAAUAAUGUCUUUGCUCCUAACUUCAAUAAUUUAACAUCAUGACUGUUUUGGUGACUUCAUUAUUAUAUACAUGUUAUUUCUCUUUUUAGUCUACAUCGAAUUUUUGUGAGAAAAGAGAUAAUAUCCUUGUCAUAACUAUUGUUACAUUUACCACAUUGACCACUUUACCCAAUUGUUACCAAAUUGUUGCAUCCUUACAAUACUAUUGGUACCUAUACUACCUAAAAAAUACAUGAUAUUUCUUAUUAUAAGUAUUGUUAAAGUUAUGAAGGUUUUUUUUUUGUGGUACAUAGUGAAAAGUGUGUGUCUGUUUUUGACCCUGCAGUUGCCCAUUGUGCUUCAUCUCGACAAAUCAUUUCGCACUGGAAAAACUGCCUCAGGCAGGACUGUCCAGUUUGUCUUCCUCUAAAGCAUGCAUCUGAUAAUAGAAGAGGUAUUUGUUAUUGUCUAUAUUGUCAUUAAAUGCCAGUACCCAGCCGCUGUGAUAAUCUUGCAGCCCAUUUUCAGGAUAAAUACCAAAAGAGAGGAAUUGGUAGUUUUGUACUCAAAACAUGAAAACGUUCUAAAAAUACCAAAAAAUAGUUUUUUGCAAGUCUAGUCAGGGUUUUUCUCUUAUCUGGCAGUUCCUGGUUGUCCCUGGCAACUUGCCUUGUUUGUCUUAGGGGACAGGGGUAAAUUUGGAAGGUUGUGAGCUUUUGAUUGUAAGUUUUGUUUUUGCAUUGUAUACCUGCAGCUGUGUAUUUGAAACAAAUAACUGUGCUUCUUUUUCCAAGAAGUAUGCCCAUAAUUACCUUACACAGACAUGUAUUGUACAUAUUAAUGUAUAUAUAUAUUGUGGUCUCAAUGCACUUUCUCUGAUUUUCACAUUGUUUUUGUUUGUUGUUCUAUUUAAAUAUAAAGUAAUAGAUUUUAUUGUUUACAGAUUGUUCACUGUUGUGUCGAAAAUUGCACAGUCAAAUUUUUGUUCUUUUUACCGCCUACUCUUUGGUGACUGGUGUGUUUUGUCUAGUGCUUAGUUUUAAACCAAAGCCACUGUUAUUGCUCUUUUGAAAAUUUCUGAAGUAAAGGUUUUCUUUUACAGCAGGAGUUACAGGAAAUGUUCAAGGAAUGGAAAGGGCUUAUGAAGCUCUUGGACUAACCUUGAGAAAUGGAGAGCCAAGAUUGCAGCAAUUUGGUAAGAAACAUUUAGUUGAUUAUAUCUUCCCAUUUAUACCAUAAUGGUAGAAUACUAAGUGGAGCGUUUUUUUUAUUGCUGCAUGUACCUUUGAGAUGGUGACAAACAUGAAAACUUAUGUUUGAUAAAAAAUAAGCAGGCCUGAAAAUGGGAAAUAUUUUAACUUGUGGUUGCAAUCCUAAGAAACUGCCCAUAUGUACUCUAAAUUUCUUGGUGCUGCUCUUAAGCUGCGGCAAAACGAGUGCAAGACACUGACGCAAAAUUGUCAAAUUCAACAUUUGACUGCCUUGUUGCAUGAGGUUUAAUAUUGUUUGGUUUCCUUCAAACAGCAUCACGUUUCCUUUUAGGAAUCAACACUUAAAAAGUAUGCUUCAUGUGAGGCCUUCAAUUACUAUUCUUGCAUCUUCGUUGUAGUGAAAUGGCUAAUUUUGCAAUGCAGUGAUGUAAGAACAUAUUCCUUUUGAUUUCAGCUACUAAUUCUAUGAUGAGAUCAGACUCUGCACUAGGAAUGUCAGGUUAGCUCUUUAAUUUGCAGUUCAAGCUUUCUAUUUGUUUUGGAGCAAAUUUGUUUCUCCUAUUUGUGGAGUAUUGUUUUUAUGUUGAUUGCAUCUGUGUCCAACUUCCAGCUCCACCAAGAGUUUUAAAAGCAUAGGAGCCAUGCUAUGAUUACUAUUAAAUAGCUUUGUUUUGGUCUAUCUUUUUUAGCAGAUAACAGAUCAUUCGGUGAAACACCCUCAACUGCCACAAGGUAAAUAAGAAACAUUUUAUUUUAAGAUUCAGUGGAGUUAAUGGAUCUACUGUAGACAUCUACCCAUGGCAACAGCUGUAGUUAGAGUAGGAUGGAGAUGUUUUCUGUCUUCACUGAAAUGGGAAGAGCUGAUGUUUUUUCUUUUUUCCAGCUCAACUGGUAGUGGUAAUCGUGGUCCAAAAGAGUGGCAUCAGCAUGUGACACCAGAUCUCAGGAAUCAUCUUGUUCAUAAACUGUAAGUGUCUUCUUUUUAUGGGAAAAAACCCUGGACGUAUCUGAUGUGCCAAUUCUCAAUUAUAAUCGAUCACUGUUUUCUCAGACUACAGCCCCCAACUUUUUGUAACAGCCCACUGGUAUUAUCAUUUUAAUUCUGGAUGAGAUGAAGCCAAAAGCCAUAACUCUAGGCAUGCCUAUUCUUUAAUUUGCUCUCACUAUGUGUACUGUUGCAACAACUGCUAAUUAUCAGAAAGUAUUAUACCAAAAUUGUUUUUGUUGUUGUAGUGUGACAGCAAUCUUCCCAACUCCGGUGCACGAUCCAGCUGCCCUGAGAGAUCGGCGCAUGGGGAAUCUUGUUUCAUAUGCACGUAAGGUAGAAGGGGAUAUGUAUGAGACGGCAAAUAGUAGGGUAAGUUGAAUUAAUACAUACCUUGUAGACUUGCUCAUAACCUUAAUAGUUAUGGUGAAUGAAGUGCAUCUAAAGGCUUGUUCCCUUUUGAUUGCUGUGAUCAUUAGAUCACUGAAAAGAAAGUUCAGUGAUCAUUUGCAAACAUUUCGCUGAUGAUUGUCAUGGCAACAAACAUUGGUAUAUACUUCUAUGCUGUCUUAAAGCUGGGUCCACAUAAGGACUACAGUUUUAUUGCACAGACCGCUAGAUGUUUUUAGUAAUCAAAGCAAUCAUGUUAAAGACUAUGCUAGAGUUGCAGAGUUUCAAAAAAUUUAGUUUCGUUCAAAGCAGUUUGAGCAAAUUGGUGUAAAUUGUGUCAUUCUCAGCAGUUUGUGUUAAUUAUUGUAAGUAGAUCAUAAGAUGUACAUGUAGACAAGAAGCUAAACACUUUGCUUAUAAAUUACACAGGAGGAAUAUUAUCAUCUGUUAGCUGAGAAAAUCUAUAAAAUUCAAAAAGAACUAGAGGAAAAACGUCAACGAAGACUGCAUCAGCAGAUGAGAGUGAAUCCCAUUGGGGGAGGGCAAGGUACGAGAAAUGUCAAAAAUAACUUUAAUGAUAAUCCAAGAUUGUAAAAUCACUGUGUUAUAAUUUGAACUGAAAUGCGUACAGUGAAAGGCGAUUGAGCGUUCUCAGGACAAAUACAAUGACUUCAAACUUUUUGGAAGUUGAUAAGUUAACUAUUGAGUUCAUCAUUCUCUCAUUUUAACAUUGCACUUUUAAGUUAAAGAAUUGAAAAUCCAUAGCAGUCCUUGAUUCAAGAAUCGUAUUUUUAUUCAAUUAAUGAGUCUGAGGUGUCUUGUAAUAGGCAUGUCUAGUUGUCGAAAGCUGUCACUGGAGUAUUGGAAAACUUACGAAGGUUUAAGUUUUAAGUUGUGUAAAUUAGUCUUAGUUCUUAAAAUUAAUCAGUCAAACUUGAUCUUCUACAUUGCAUGCUGCAUCUCUGAUGUAAGUUGCAUUUUUUUUCUCUUCUUUUCUGCUGCCAUUUAUCUGAAUGUGAUGCUCUUUUGGUCACUGCACACAUAUGUACAUUAUAUCUUCUUAGCCUAAUGAUUACUUAUUACUGAUUUUUUUCCUUUUACUCGUAUAUAACAUGUGCAAAUGCCUUGUAUAGUGUAAAAAUAAAGAAUUGAAUUGAAUAUGCUCAAGCAAAUAUUCAUUGGCCUUGAUGCAUUUGGAGAAUUUGUGACCACCCAUGUUAGUGACUGGCCAGCAUUGUGAAGCACUGUUUAGACUGUGACUUGAAAAGCUCUUGUAAACAGUCACACAGUCCAGCUGGACUUGUCCUUUAUUUUUAUGUUCUUGAAGUGACCAUUUAGUUAACACUUUAUAAGAAAAAUUAUCAUACUUCUUCAUCAAAUUCAGGGUGAGACAAGACGUAAGUACUAAUGGUUUAGUAACAGUCAGUAGGACUAGUGACUUUCUGCUUUCCUUUUUUGGCCAUCUGCUUAAUGGCUGUGGAAAAAAGGCUUCAGUUAGCAGUGAAUAAAUUGGUGGAUGAUAUUUUGCUUAUUUGUGCCUGUUAUCAGUUGUUAUUUGUGCUGCUAAAGAGGCAGCAUGCCUGAGUGGUCACUGCAUUGGACUCGCAAUCAGAUGGUCCCAGGUUUGAGUCCCGCUCUCGCCACUUGCUGGAUUUUUUCUCAGUCGUUCCGAGUCUUAAGUCCUCAGCCAACUGGUUGCCUCUUGCCAGUUGGGGUUUUUAAUCCUGUUAUGUUCUGUUUGCCCUAUUUGUUUCAGGAAUAUUUGGGUGGAGUGCCUGUAAACUAGCUGGAUACCCUAAGUGCACUUUCCACUAUAAACAAACCUUUAACCGUUUUCUUUUGACGUCUUUUUCAUGUAGUGUCAUUUGCCCAGUUUAAUGGAGAUGUGGCCAACUCUCAGAUCCCCACAGCAGCAGCAGCAGCUCAAGCACAAGCGGCAGCAGUUGCUGCUGCCCAACAGCACAGACAACCCUCGUUCGAUGUGUCUCCAGCUACAACCAUGCAGUCUCAAAAUAACCCAGCCCAAGUAUCUUCAAUGACUUCACCACCUCUUCAGGGUCAUAUGUCACCGCGUCUGCAGAUGGCAGUUCCAUCACCUGCAGGUCCACAAACUCAAACUACGAAACAACAAGUACCCAACCAGAUGUCCCCAUCAGGGCAGAUGAUGACACCUCCUCAUUCCCAAGGAAAAACUCCACCCCGAGAAAGUGGCAAAAACCUUGGGAAUGUAAAUACCCAGGAACAUUCACCUGCAUCACAGGGGGAUCUGUCAAAUUCAAGUGGAUAUGUUUCCGCUACUGAAAGUAAACCUACUUUACAGUCUCAAAUGGCAAUAAUCAAAACCGAACCUGCCACACCUCCUCCUCCUUCCCAACCACAGGGAGGACAAAUCAAGGUAUGCACUAACUAUUCCUAAUGAAAUUAUAAAUUAUUCUUGCUCUCCAAAUUGUUUUUUGAAUUGCUCUUUUUGAAAUAAACACUUGAAGAUUGCUUAAGUUAGAUUGGAUAGGGUGGUGGUUGGUUGCAAAAUUGUGAAAAGAUAAUUUUUAACGUGAAAACAGUGUUAUUAGUUCAGUUUAUUAAAAAUGUUGCCCCAAAACGAACUUUUUGUGUAUCAAACCUAAUCCCUUCAAUUAAGCAAACAAAAACAUUGGUGUUGGAAUCAAUUAAGUCUGACAUAUCUAAUUUGGCUCUAUCAAUGAAUUAAGUUUGAGUCGCCUACAUUGGAAUUUCGAUUGUGGAACAACUUCAUUUCAAACAUCAAUCUUUUCAUGUGCUGAACUUUAUGCAUAAAUUACUAUAAUAUAUUUUCACUGGUAAGAAAUGUAGACCAUUGCACAUCUUGAACAUGAGUUGAGUCCAACUAAUGAAGCUUGACCUCUGAAUCAACCGUCCAACUUGUAUCAUUUUGGUGGACCUAAGUAGGUAUUAAUUUCAGUACAUGAAAAGUCUGAUGUAUGAACAACUGGGCCUAAACACUGCUUUCAUUGUUGAAUUCAGUCUCAAGACAGUGGCCCCAGUUCAGUGCCAGCCAGAUCUCCCGCUCAAAGUGGUACCAAUACACCCCAGAUGAAACAAGAACCUCAUACAUCUCCAGCAGCGCAAACUUGUUCAAUAAAACCUGCAGCACCUGCGGCUUCCACUUCCCUGUCUUCUUCAUCGUCAUCAAUUCCUGCACCAGGUACAAUGAGAUAUCCACUCAAAAAAGGUAAGAGCUGAGUUUGGUUUGGAUAAGAAGGGGAGGUUGUCUGUGUUAAAAGUAAUAUCCUUCUCAGGUUAAGCUAGUAUCCAACUUAGUAGGCCAUUUCCAAGUUCCAAAUACUGUCACUUUCAAAACAAGACUUAUUGAAGAACUCUCUUGUAAAAAUGAGUUUUAUUUGUAUGACAAUAAAAAUCAUUUUCAUAUCAGUGGCUUGGCACUUAGCCUUGCUUUGAAACAGAGUCAGUGAGAUUCAUAGUCCUAAUUAUUCAUAAGGGUUCACGGUCGUUUCGCCUACGAGUCGUACAUGUUGGGUGAGUUCCCUAACUGCUUUCACCUGAUCAGUGGCUAAAAGAACAAGUUAUAUACAUGCAUAUCCCACUUUUUUGUAUCAUGGCUGAGAGAAUGAAGCAUGUACAUGCACAGCGCUCGUUUCGCUUCUUAGUGGAACGACAUAAGACAUUAGCAGAUGGAAUGUUAGCGAAAUGACUUGUUGGUGAAACGACUGGUCUCCUUCAUAAGACAUAGCAGAAAUUAUGGCUAACCUGAUAAUGGAUUUUGCCCGCAAUAUUUGUACUUGCUAGGUUAGCACACAACACAGUGUUUUUCUUUUCCCAGCUUUCACAGCAAUGGGGUCGGGCACAAACAGAACUCGCAAGUCCCAUGCAAGGUUCUCUCCCUACCCAAUCCAACAAUUCAUGAAGCUACAUUUUUUGAAUGAAAAACACACUCUGUUGUCCUCAAUUUAUUGCCCAGAACACUGGAAAUUGCAUUUUAGGGCCUUGAAAUUUCAAAAUAUUCUGGAGAAGCACAUGCUCAGACCCCACUAGAAUAAGGGGACUAAUGGCCCCUUGUUGAUACAGUCAGAGAUUGUUUUGAAACCUGCUGGCUACUUCAAUUUUUACUGAAACCCUUGCAUGCUCUUCUCAGUUAUUUUAAAACCCUCACUGCUGAUCUGGCAAGGAAUCAAAUCCAGGCCUGCUGUUCUGGGGUAGGCCUGAGCACGUUGCAGUUUGGGAGAAAUAUGCAAACCUCUACAUAGCCUGUUUGUACUUUAACUAAAAAUAGCAGCAAGAAAAUGCUUGAUUGCUGCAUUUCCAUGCAAUAGGCAGACAUUUUCACUCAUGAAUUAUACCUCUGCCUAACCAAGUUGUUGCAGGGGUGAACUUUCUCAGUAAUGAUUGGCCAUUUUGCAGUUGGGCAGGGGUCUGGGGUGAGUUUCAAAUUUAAACUAAUCAGUUACCUGACACCACCAUAUAAAAGGUCAUGUUGAGAUUGUUUAUUUGACCAAGUUUGGUGCUCUAAAGUUGAGCAGGGAUCAAGUAAUGACUCUUGAAACAUGGUUAAAGAUCCGUACAAACGUCUGUAAUUUUGUGACAGCAUCCCCCCAAACCAUAUAAACUCUUUAAAAUAUUUUCCAGUUUUUCUGUUAAACCGUAAAAUUCGUCAUGCAUCUACUACUUGGAAGAAAUUAACUCAAAAAUCACUAUGUUUGCCCAUUUUCAGGAAUAUACCUCCACAAAUCGUUUAAAAAAAUUAAGAGUUAAUACAAUAAUAUAAUAUGUUAGCUGCAGCUCAGGGUUUUUUUUUAAAGUUGCUUAUAAUUUUUGCAUGUUGACUUUGUGUCAUAGUUUUUCUGCCAGAGGAAUUACGGCAGGCACUCGUGCCCACUUUGGAAAACUUAUACAAACAGGAACCAGAAUCCCUUCCCUUCAGGCAACCUGUUGAUCCAAAGCUACUUGGUUGUUUGGUAAGCUUAUUUUUAAGUUUAUUUUUGUGUGUGUAUUUUUCUGUUUUAUUUUGUCUCAGAUUUACUUUUGUUAACCCUCCCAAUCCCAAAGUCAGUCAUGAAAAGGUAAAGGCGCACACGAGCCAAAGGCCCAAAUGGCUGUAGCUUAUCCUGGUUUCCUUAGAAUGGAUCAUGCCUAGGAGUAUUGCUACUCCCCCCAGUAUUGUGGGGUCACCCCCCAAGCAUUGUGUUGCGGUUACCCAUUUAUACACCUGGGUGAAGAGAGACAAUUUGGAGUAGAGUUCCUUGACUAAGGAAACAACGUGAUGGGUGAAGCUUGAGCCCCAUACCUCCAAAUUUCAGAGUUCAAGGUGUUAACCACCCGGCCACACAUGCCUCCACAAAAAUCAGUCAUGAAAACAUGUAAAAUAUUUCUUAAUUAAACAUCUGUAAACAGCAUCUUACAGUGUCAUGGACCUUAUGAAACCUCUUUGAAAGUGCUUUGCAUGGUACCAUUAAUUUUGUAAUGUUAGAUACCGUAAAAUCCCGAAAAUAAGCCCUGGGGCUUAUAUUUUUCAAAGGCCCUUUUUGAGUGGCUUAUUUUUGGAGGGACUUAUAUUAGGAAGGGCUUAUCUACAGAAGGAAAUUUGCGUUUCAAAAUCGAUUGGGCUAGCCUUAUAGUUGGCAGUAAAUUUGCGGCUUUUGCUUUGUUUUACUUUGUAUUUGAGGGCACUCUUUUCCAAGUACAAGCCCCGGGGGGGCUUAUAUUUGAAGGGGCGAUUUAACUGAGGGUUUUUUCCAUUACCGGAUUGGGGGGCUUAUGUUUGGAGGGGCUUAUACAUGGAGGGGCUUAUUUUUGGAAUUUUACGGUUUAUGAAGAGACAUGCUUGGAAUUUUUCAGGAUUACUUUGACAUAGUGAAACAACCUAUGGAUCUCUCUACAAUUAAAAGAAAACUGGAUGCUGGACAAUACAAUAAUCCCUGGGAGGUCAGUAUGAACUGUGCAUUUUGUCUUUUGUGAACGCUGUAAAGGGUAAAAAUGAAUGUUGUGGUGCAUAACACUUUAUAAAAUAACUGAGAUAGUACACGCGCUCUGAUUGCCCUGGUCAGCUGAAACUUGGAAAAUCUUUACAAACAUGCUGUGUCAACUUUUUGUCACUCAAGCUGACAUUUUAAGUGAGAAAAAUCGGUAUUUUGGAAAGUAUCUUUUUUGCAAAACGAGAACUGAUAAUGCAUGCAAGACUUCGUCUACAAGACUUCAGACUGGUAAGAAUUUCUCUUUUAAUCAGUGCCAUGAAAAAGAAUUUUGCGUUUUUUCUGGGGAAAGUUUAUAAAUGCAAUAGAAAACUUUUUUCCUGGAUUUGUUUUGCAAACCUCAACUUUGUCUCAAGUUUUCAUAACUGUCUUGAAUUCUCCCAACCCCUCUUGUGUUUAUAUCGGGCUAUACAAACACGGAAAGUGUUUUCUAUUGCUUAAUUGAAACUCUUUUCCUUGACUUACCACCUAAAUGAGCCAGCCCUAUUUGGUCUCGUAGCUUAACAUCAUUUUAGGGUAAUAGAAGAACUUGUCCGUAGGUCAUUGGCUUGGUUCCCACUGUGGUUCAAAGAUCCUUAGUUUGCCUUGCAUGAAUGAAAGUGAAAGGGACACUUGCUCAUUGGUUCAUUUGUGUUCUCAUUACUAGUUUUGGUAAGAGAAGUGAAGAGUAUUUGCUAACGUUAUGUUCCUUUGUUGCAGUACUGUGACGAUGUCUGGCUCAUGUUUGAUAAUGCGUGGUUGUAUAAUAGGAAAACCUCAAGAGUAUAUAAAUAUUGUACAAAGGUAAAACUUGUUUCUGUGGAUGUGCUUCCCAAAAGACUUCAAUAUUGAUUAGAUAACAGUUAGAGUUAAAUAGAGAUAUUAAUUUUUUGCAUCCUUCUUUACCCACAGCUGUCUGAGGUCUUUGAACAAGAAAUUGAUCCUGUAAUGAAAAGUUUAGGUUAUUGUUGUGGAAGAAAGGUAAAGAUGCUGCCAUGGCAUUUUUGUGUUUUGUUUUAAAACUUUAUUGGCUUAUUGCUGCAGAAGACUGAUGUAUUACUUCUUGUCGUUUUCAGUAUAUAUUUAAUCCUCAAGUGCUCUGUUGCUAUGGGAAGCACUUGUGUACUAUUCCAAGAGAUGCCUUUUACUGGACUUAUCAAAACCGGUAUGAUUUUAUUCAUUUCUGUGCACUAUUACAUGGUAGAUACUUGACGUUAUCAGCAGUCUUCUUAUGGCAAUGCUAUUGACAGCACUGCUUUUUCUUAAUCAUUCAAGUCCCUUUAUACACAUACAAACGCUCCAGACCUUUCUCCAUACAUUUCUUUUAAAAAAAGAUAAAAUAAUUUUCCUGAGUUGAUCAUUAUCUUAAUUGCCCUUACCUUUGAUCUUGAUCAUGAUCUUAAUUGUCCUUACCUUUGAUCUUGACCAUGUAUUGAUAUUGUAAGGAGAAGAUUGAUGUGGAUAACUCUUGACACUGAAAGGAUUUAUGGGAGUAAGAGGAGCGCAGUGGCAUGGUCACUUGCCUGUCACUAUUUUCUCCCAGGUUUAAAUUCCAGUGACACCAUAUGUGGGUUGAGUUUGUUAUUGGCUCUUUACUUAGCUCCAAGGAGUUUUUCCCAGGGACAUCCAGUUUUUCUCUCUCCUUAUAAGCUAUCAUUUCAAAAAUUUCACUUAAAUCUGGAAUAUGGUAGAAGAAGAGCUACUUCAGGGAUAUGCCUCUGCUAAAUUACCUUCAUUUCUUUUUAUUUUUACACUCAUCAGGGGGUGUCUACAUUUUAGACCAUUCUACAUUGCUAUCAGAGUAGAAUAUUUUUACCUGUCACUUAGUUUUUCAUUUAUAUUAGUUACCAUGCAUUGCUGUAUUUGUUGAUCAUUUGUUUACAGGUAUCACUAUUGUGAGAGAUGCUUUGAUGAGAUUCCUGGUGAUCAAGUCAAUCUUGGGGAGGACCCUCUGAUGCAAAGGUAAAACUUGGGCCCCAGGCUAUUGGACACCACUUUCUUUGCACACUUUUGGUAGUGAUUAAGAAAGGUGUAAUGACAUGUCAUGUUAUCUAUAGUUAUUUUAAGCUGUUGAGGAAGUUUAGAUAACAGUGAAUUAAAAGAAUAUGCACAUAGUGUAUUGUUACUGAAAAACGAGGCUAAAAGUGUAAGAUGUGUGACAGAGACUGACAGCUGUGGUCUGUGGUCCACUCUCAUACUAAUGUUUUAAUUCUUAUUUCAGCCCGGUUCCUAAACGAGACUUUGGUAAGAACAAAAAUGAUCAUCUUGACAUGGAGCCGUAAGUAUCCUCAAUUUUUGUGAUUACAUCUCCCACCUCUGUGAUCUAGUAGUACCUGGCAUGUCUUCUUGCAAAUUGACCCUCUUGGACAACGAGGAAAUCUUAACAGUUUUUGUUUCUCACUCACAUUACCAGUGUGUAUGCAAUUUAUUGGAAAAAUAGAAAGUGCUUGCAUUAAAAAGUUCAACUCCUACAGGAUUGGCUUGGUGCCAUAUCAUAUCUUGCCAGCAUAUUCAUAGUUUUGAAAUAUUUAUGUGAUUGCUGAUACCUCAUGUGGAAAUGCUGUAUUUCUGGGUCUUGGCACACUGGAUUUCAUUGGCCAGAGCCUUUAGGCCUCCCACAGUUUUUCUUUGAGCACAGUCUUGUAAUAAGUAGUCUAUCUGAACAGCAGCUGCAGUCGAUGGUGUGGAUGUGAGCUGAAUGAAAGUCAGUUCAACUUACUGUAACAGAAGAUCUAUGAAAAGAAAUGAUAAAGUUAAAAUGGUGGUUUUGUUGUCAUGACAAGUCAGUGAAUUGUCUUAUAAAUUGAUCUUGUACCUAACACCUUUUGAUUGUCUCUUGCAGAUUUGUGGAUUGUAUGGAUUGUGGACGAAAAGUCCAUCAAAUCUGUGUACGCCAUCAUGAUUACAUUUGGCCACAAGGGUGAGUAGUGUGCAGUUUGAGAUUGUCCUCAUUUUGUGAGUUAUUUUGUAAUAUUUUUUAUGAAAAAGGUAGUUAGUAAAAUUAAUGUCACUGGAGCAGACAGUUUUCUAUAGAGUGGGCCGUGGCCCAGUUAGCCAAAGCUAAUAAAUCUGGGCUUGUUUUUUCUCUUUUCUAAACUUUGUAGAAUGCAGGUUUGUCUCUAUUAUCCCUUUAAGCCCCAGUAUCCACAUACAAAUUCUCCAAACUGAUCUCCAUACAUUUCCUUUAAGAAUUAGUUGAGAGAAUUUAAUAAACAUCAAGGCAUUUUCUCUUUCGUGAUCAUUUUUUAUAUUCUCACAACCUUAUCUCUUGACAAUGUAGGGACAUUGUUAGGAGAAACUUGCUGUUGGUCACUAUUGGAACUUAAAGGGUUAUGCAUGGUUGUUUUUGGUGUCAGAGUUACACUACUUCUAUAAUAUGGGCAGCUCUGUAAUUUCAGACACCUGUGAGAUAUCCACUCAAAAAAGGUAAGAGCUGAGUUUGGUUUGGAUAAGAAGGGGAGGUUGUCUGUGUUAAAAGUAAUAUCCUUCUCAGGUUAAGCUAGUAUCCAACUUAGUAGGCCAUUUCCAAGUUCCAAAUACUGUCACUUUCAAAACAAGACUUAUUGAAGAACUCUCUUGUAAAAAUGAGUUUUAUUUGUAUGACAAUAAAAAUCAUUUUCAUAUCAGUGGCUUGGCACUUAGCCUUGCUUUGAAACAGAGUCAGUGAGAUUCAUAGUCCUAAUUAUUCAUAAGGGUUCACGGUCGUUUCGCCUACGAGUCGUACAUGUUGGGUGAGUUCCCUAACUGCUUUCACCUGAUCAGUGGCUAAAAGAACGAGUUAUAUACAUGCAUAUCCCACUUUUUUGUAUCAUGGCUGAGAGAAUGAAGCAUAUACAUGCACAGCGCUCGUUUCGCUUCUUAGUGGAACGACAUAAGACGUUAGCAGAUGGAAUGUUAGCGAAAUGACUUGUUGGUGAAACGACUGGUCUCCUUCAUAAGACAUAGAGGAAAUUAUGGCUAACCUGAUAAUGGAUUUUGCCUGCAAUAUUUGUACUUGCUAGGUUAGCACACAACACAGUGUUUUUCCUUUCCCAGCUUUUACAGCAAUGGGGUCGGGCACAAACAGAACUCGCAAGUCCCAUGCAAGGUUCUCUCCCUACCCAAUCCGACAAUUCAUGAAGCUACAUUUUUUGAAUGAAAAACACACUCUGUUGUCCUCAAUUUAUUGCCCAGAACACUGGAAAUUGCAUUUUAGGGCCUUGAAAUUUCAAAAUAUUCUGGAGAAGCACAUGCUCAGACCCUACUAGAAUAAGGGGACUAAUGGCCCCUUGUUGAUACAGUCAGAUAUUCUUUUGAAACCUGCUGGCUACUUCAAUUUUUACUGAAACCCCUGCAUGCUCUUCUCAGUUAUUUUAAAACCCUCACUGCUGAUCUGGCAAGGAAUCAAAUCCAGGCCUGCUGUUCUGGGGUAGGCCUGAGCACGUUGCAGUUUGGGAGAAAUAUGCAAACCUCUACAUAGCCUGUUUGUACUUUAACUAAAAAUAGCAGCAAGAAAAUGCUUGAUUGCUGCAUUUCCAUGCAAUAGGCAGACAUUUUCACUCAUGAAUUAUACCUCUGCCUAACCAAGUUGUUGCAGGGGUGAACUUUCUCAGUAAUGAUUGGCCAUUUUGCAGUUGGGCAGGGGUCUGGGGUGAGUUUCAAAUUUAAACUAAUCAGUUACCUGACACCACCAUAUAAAAGGUCAUGUUGAGAUUGUUUAUUUGACCAAGUUUGGUGCUCUAAAGUUGAGCAGGGAUCAAGUAAUGACUCUUGAAACAUGGUUAAAGAUCCGUACAAACGUCUGUAAUUUUGUGACAGCAUCCCCCCAAACCAUAUAAACUCUUUAAAAUAUUUUCCAGUUUUUCUGUUAAACCGUAAAAUUCGUCAUGCAUCUACUACUUGGAAGAAAUUAACUCAAAAAUCACUAUGUUUGCCCAUUUUCAGGAAUAUACCUCCACAAAUCGUUUAAAAAAAUUAAGAGUUAAUACAAUAAUAUAAUAUGUUAGCUGCAGCUCAGGGUUUUUUUUUAAAGUUGCUUAUAAUUUUUGCAUGUUGACUUUGUGUCAUAGUUUUUCUGCCAGAGGAAUUACGGCAGGCACUCGUGCCCACUUUGGAAAACUUAUACAAACAGGAACCAGAAUCCCUUCCCUUCAGGCAACCUGUUGAUCCAAAGCUACUUGGUUGUUUGGUAAGCUUAUUUUUAAGUUUAUUUUUGUGUGUGUAUUUUUCUGUUUUAUUUUGUCUCAGAUUUACUUUUGUUAACCCUCCCAAUCCCAAAGUCAGUCAUGAAAAGGUAAAGACGCACACAAGCCAAAGGCCCAAAUGGCUGUAGCUUAUCCUGGUUUCCUUAGAAUGGAUCAUGCCUAGGAGUAUUGCUACUCCCCCCAGUAUUGUGGGGUCACCCCCCAAGCAUUGUGUUGCGGUUACCCAUUUAUACACCUGGGUGAAGAGAGACAAUUUGGAGUAGAGUUCCUUGACUAAGGAAACAACCUGAUGGGUGAGGCUUGAGCCCCAUACCUCCAAAUUUCAGAGUUCAAGGUGUUAACCACCCGGCCACACAUGCCUCCACAAAAAUCAGUCAUGAAAACAUGUAAAAUAUUUCUUAAUUAAACAUCUGUAAACAGCAUCUGACAGUGUCAUGGACCUUAUGAAACCUCUUUGAAAGUGCUUUGCAUGGUACCAUUAAUUUUGUAAUGUUAGAUACCAUAAAAUUCUGAAAAUAAGCCCUGGGGCUUAUAUUUUUCAAAGGCCCUUUUUGAGUGGCUUAUUUUUGGAGGGACUUAUAUUAGGAGGGGCUUAUCUACAGAAGGAAAUUUGCGUUUCAAAAUCGAUUGGGCUAGCCUUAUAGUUGGCAGUAAAUUUGCGGCUUUUGCUUUGUUUUACUUUGUAUUUGAGGGCACUCUUUUCCAAGUACAAGCCCCGGGGGGGCUUAUAUUUGAAGGGGCGAUUUAACUGAGGGUUUUUUCCAUUACCGGAUUGGGGGGCUUAUGUUUGGAGGGGCUUAUACAUGGAGGGGCUUAUUUUUGGAAUUUUACGGUUUAUGAAGAGACAUGCUUGGAAUUUUUCAGGAUUACUUUGACAUAGUGAAACAACCUAUGGAUCUCUCUACAAUUAAAAGAAAACUGGAUGCUGGACAAUACAAUAAUCCCUGGGAGGUCAGUAUGAACUGUGCAUUUUGUCUUUUGUGAACGCUGUAAAGGGUAAAAAUGAAUGUUGUGGUGCAUAACACUUUAUAAAAUAACUGAGAUAGUACACGCGCUCUGAUUGCCCUGGUCAGCUGAAACUUGGAAAAUCUUUACAAACAUGCUGUGUCAACUUUUUGUCACUCAAGCUGACAUUUUAAGUGAGAAAAAUCGGUAUUUUGGAAAGUAUCUUUUUUGCAAAACGAGAACUGAUAAUGCAUGCAAGACUUCGUCUACAAGACUUCAGACUGGUAAGAAUUUCUCUUUUAAUCAGUGCCAUGAAAAAGAAUUUUGCGUUUUUUCUGGGGAAAGUUUAUAAAUGCAAUAGAAAACUUUUUUCCUGGAUUUGUUUUGCAAACCUCAACUUUGUCUCAAGUUUUCAUAACUGUCUUGAAUUCUCCCAACCCCUCUUGUGUUUAUAUCGGGCUAUACAAACACGGAAAGUGUUUUCUAUUGCUUAAUUGAAACUCUUUUCCUUGACUUACCACCUAAAUGAGCCAGCCCUAUUUGGUCUCGUAGCUUAACAUCAUUUUAGGGUAAUAGAAGAACUUGUCCGUAGGUCAUUGGCUUGGUUCCCACUGUGGUUCAAAGAUCCUUAGUUUGCCUUGCAUGAAUGAAAGUGAAAGGGACACUUGCUCAUUGGUUCAUUUGUGUUCUCAUUACUAGUUUUGGUAAGAGAAGUGAAGAGUAUUUGCUAACGUUAUGUUCCUUUGUUGCAGUACUGUGACGAUGUCUGGCUCAUGUUUGAUAAUGCGUGGUUGUAUAAUAGGAAAACCUCAAGAGUAUAUAAAUAUUGUACAAAGGUAAAACUUGUUUCUGUGGAUGUGCUUCCCAAAAGACUUCAAUAUUGAUUAGAUAACAGUUAGAGUUAAAUAGAGAUAUUAAUUUUUUGCAUCCUUCUUUACCCACAGCUGUCUGAGGUCUUUGAACAAGAAAUUGAUCCUGUAAUGAAAAGUUUAGGUUAUUGUUGUGGAAGAAAGGUAAAGAUGCUGCCAUGGCAUUUUUGUGUUUUGUUUUAAAACUUUAUUGGCUUAUUGCUGCAGAAGACUGAUGUAUUACUUCUUGUCGUUUUCAGUAUAUAUUUAAUCCUCAAGUGCUCUGUUGCUAUGGGAAGCACUUGUGUACUAUUCCAAGAGAUGCCUUUUACUGGACUUAUCAAAACCGGUAUGAUUUUAUUCAUUUC